AUGGAGUGGGUUCUGCGGGGUCCUCAAAUUCACAGCACAUUCGGCAAACUUGGAUUUGCUCAUGCAGAGGGAUAUCACAUAAAUGAAAACUGCAAUGCUGCUUUGGAAUCAAUUCUUAAUGAUAUCCUCACCGAAGAUAAAAAUCUGCGGACAUAUAGAAGAGGCAUCAGUUUCGGGCAGAAUAUUAAGAAAGAUUUAAUACCGCUUUUAAUACAUGUAAAGGAUGACAAAACAAUUGAACUUCUGAUUAAGAUACUCGUAAAUUUGACGAUUCCGGUGGAGUGUUUGUUGUCAGUGGAUAGCAUAUCGAAUUCCGAAGUUGGCAAACAUACUAUAUUUGAAAUUAAUAACUUGCUGUCGUCUACAAAAGCUGCCUUUGUGGACAAUCGAGCAACUAAAGUAAUAGUGGAGUUUCUUAAAAAGAAUUCGGAUUUCGAACAAAAUACAAAGUUAACUGUGGAACAAUGUACGAAUAUAAGCAACGCGUUAUUGUUUUUGCGGAACAUUCUUCAUAUUCCAGAAGACUUUAUUAUGUCGUCUAGUUAUAGUGGACCACCUCACAUGUUACAAAAUCAGAUAAUAUGGAAUCUUUUUAGUCAAAGCAUUGACAAAAGUUUAAUAAAGCUUAUGAAUAUUCAGGAGUCGAUAAAUUGGGGUGUUACAAUGGUUCAGUUGAUAGCAUUGCUUUAUAAAGAUCAACAGGUGACAACGUUACACAAGCUCCUGAAUAUAUGGUUGGAAAAAUCUUUAUCGGAGAGCUCUGAGGAUAAUGAGAGUAAUACAACGCCACCUAACAGGAGUAGCAACAAUUCUUCCCCAAUGUUAACAUCCGAUGCGACUUCUGAUUCCUCUGACACGGGUAGAAGUGGAAAGACAAACGAAGGUUCUAAUUCCAUUAACAAUAGUUGGGAUUCAACCAGAAAUAUGAGUGACCAGACAUUCCAAUCAGACCCAAUGCAACAGAAAUCCUGUCUUAUUAUAAAUAAUGAACAAGGAGAGAAUUCGCGUGAGAAAGAUAUCAACAACGAAAUCUUAAAACCCAAGGAGAAAACUGGAAAGAAAAACCGCGAUGACCAAAUAAAUGAUAAAAAUAUGUCUUCAGAAAAGUCAGAUUGCGGUUAUGACACACAAAUGGAGAAACAGGAAGUGAUUUCGACUUCUAGUAAUGAAGAUGAGAUGCCAUGUGAGAAACCAGUGCAUCAGAAGCCAUAUAAAACUAAACAGCGGCCUAAUAAUAAAGUGCCAGAAAGUGUCACACUUCAAGAGAGGAAAAGAAAGAAAAUUGUGAAGCGAGGGAAGGCUAAUAUAAUCAACGUCCAAGGACUCACACAUAAUACGCCAACGGAUGAGGAUAUAUCAAACGUUCUAAAGGAGUUCACUUUGGACUUCCUUUUGAAGGGUUACAACUCUUUAGUCCGAACCUUGCACACACAAAUUUUGACGAAUAUGCAAUUGGAGAUAGACACGUCACAUUUCUUCUGGCUCGUCACCUACUUCUUAAAAUUCGCGACUCAGAUUGAACUGAAUUUGAAGCAUGUCAAUUCUGUGCUAUCCUUCGAUAUUGUACUGUAUUUGACAGCUGAAGGUGUGAAUUUGUGCGAGCAAUUUGAACUCGCGAUUAAGUUGGAUGAAAAUGAUUUGAAACCAAGUAUUCGGAGGCUGCAUUUGGUCGUGACAGCAAUCCGCGAGUUAGUUCAAGCUAUUGAAGUUUAUAAAAAGUCAAAUCACAUUUGUCAAGAGGAUAAAGAGGCUCUUGUACAAUUGCAAAUGAAAAUGUCUGAGACUGACGAACUUCGAUCCUUACUUGUGUUGCUAUUACGUCACUAUAAUCCCAAGUAUCAUUCUAAACAAUAUCUACAGGAUCUUAUCGUGACAAAUCACAUACUAUUAAUGUUCCUGGAUAACGUUAUGAACUUGCCAGACUACAAGGGUUCAGGAAAAAUGAUUGACCAUUUAAGACAAUUCGCAACCCCCGAAAUAAUGUACCAAUACGGGCUUCUACUAGACGAUUUUGAGGUUAAUGGCGAAUAUGUGAACGAUUGCGUAUUUACAUUAAUGCACUAUGUUGGAGGGGAGCUGGGUUGUCUAAUAUCCCUCUUCCAGCCCAAAAUACUUAAGACCUUCACGUCUAUAUGGAAAUCCGAGUUUGAGAUUUGUGAUGAUUGGUCAGAUCUAAUUGAAUACGUAAUAAAUACAUUUAUAAAGAAGCCGCACUGUCUCCAACGGACUGCGUCAUUCCGGUUGGAUACGGAGAGUUUCGACGAUGAUAAAGUCUUUAAAGACCUUAUUGAUGACCCGAAGGAGGAUACGGCCGAAGACCAGUUCAUGUCGGAUGUGGAAGAUACUGAUAUAUGGACAAAAGAUGAGCUCUCAGCUUUCAAUUGGAUAUACAUUAAAAGUAACACAUCCUCCGAUAUUGUUGGGGAAAUAAUAAAACUUUUCAAAGAUGACGGCGUAGUUAAAACACGCGAAAGUGUGAUCAAACAAUUGUACAAACAGUCGAUAAUAAAUCGCAAUGAAUUCGAACAAUUGCUAAAGGAAGACUCAGAAAGAAAAUCCAAAUCUGAGAUGCGGGAGGGAAAGGACGACGACAUUGGAAAAAUUUGCGAAUAUAUAAGUAAAGAUGGCAAAAGGAAAUUUCUCGAUUGGGUCCAGAAUGUUUUGAUUGAAACCUGCCACGCUAAAGUAUAUUUGGAGAAAAUGAGGGUGACGCAGGAUGAAGAGGAGGCUGAGAACAAAAUUGGCUGCCAUACUACGCCGAAAAGGCCAAAAGACAUGCCUGUUAUGUCACCGGUUUCAUAUCAUUCACUCUUGUUGAAUCGGUCUGUUCCGUUGGUGCCGUGGAAUUGUGAACAGGCCGCGAUAUGUAAGGACUUGAAGUUUUUACAACUUUUACACAAAUUGGGAUUUUAUAUGCCAGUUGAUACAGGCAAAAUGUUUAUAAGGAUACCAUAUUUCUGGACACCCGACUGUUUGUAUGAAGUUGCGAGUAAAAUUUCAUAUAUAGACAAAUGUAAACUCAAGUUCUCCAUCAGCGAUAUAUCAAGUAUAAGUGCUUUGAACUCGUCAAAAACGAGUGUAAGAUUAGAGGACGAACCUCAGGAUAUGGUUUUCACGGUGAUGCCUGCUAUUGUUAAUUAUGCUCCCAUUCCUUAUUUCAAUUUAAUAUGUAGAGAGCCGACGGGUGCAGGUUGGUUACAAGUUGUUCAAAAAUCACAAGAGAUCAGACUUACUUUGGAUCUUGACAGGAAAAUAAUACACACAGGGAGUGGAAAUGUGCUGAAGGAAAUUAAGCACCCUUUCGAUAUUCCGAUGGUCCAGGAUGAGGAGAUAAGCGUAGCAGUGGCGGAUUCAGACAAAGAGGAUCCCGUGAGUUACAGCCAAGCUGAAUCCGAAUAUUGUUGUAACAGUCUCUGCGAGACAGCAUCAGUUGCGUCAGAUCUCACAAGGAUGUACGUAUCAGAUGAAGAUGAAAAGCCCGAAGUGGUUCAUCGUACAUCCGCAGAAAAACACUUUAACGAUGACAUGAACUCUGUAGAUAUGGAUAGCGGCGCGGGAAAGAGAGCCAGAGUAGAUUUCACAUCAGCUUUUUGCUAA